CAGUUUGCUGCGAGCAACGAGACUUAACGGGUCGCUCAGGCUUCGACUUGGAAAACAAUCUGUGUUUCGGAUCUUUGGGAUAUUGUGUAAGUAUUGCGAAAGCUUGGUUUUCAUUCCAGUUUUCGGAAUAUGUGCAAAGGAAUCUUGGGAUUUCGAGUCUUGUAAUUAGAGUGGUGCAAUGUUUUAGUGGAAAAUUGGCAAUGUACAAGUGUGAACAACAUUAAAAUAGUGUCCAACGAUCUCAAAAUAAAAUUACACAUAUCACUGGGCGCUCUGCUUGACUUUGCUUCGCAUUCAAAGGGCUGUCAGAGCAAAAGAUAAAAAAGGAACAAACCCAAAUACCAUACCAUUCUUAUCCAACUGUCGCCAUGAUUGAGCGUGAAAUUAUCCACACCACAACUGCAUCGAAGAGAAUAUUUGAUGUUCUGCAGGAUUUUGUACAGUUUCUGCUGCUUUUUUUGCGCAUCUUCCUGGAAAUGUUUGUCAUGCUCAUCCAGAAAGUAUUACCCAAAAGUCUUAAGGAUAUCAGCGGGGAAGUUGUUCUGAUUACCGGCACUGGCCACGGAAUUGGUCGGGAGCUUGCCCUGCACUACGCCUCAUUGGGCAGCACUGUGGUAUGUGUGGACAUUAAUGAGAAGAACAACCUUCAGACCGUCCAAAAGGCCAAGCGCCUUAAUCUGGGCGAUGUUCACAGCUUCAUUUGCGAUGUCUCGAAGCGCGAGGAGGUACAGGCACUGGCGGAUCGCGUCAAGACAGAAGUCGGACCCAUAUCGGUGCUGGUUAAUAAUGUGGGCAUCAUGCCCACGCACCCCAUUUUACAGCAAUCGGCUGAAGAGAUCCAACGUGUCUUCGAUGUGAAUGUGUUCUCGCAGUUUUGGACAAUACAGGCCUUCCUUUCCCACAUGGAGGAGAAGAAUCGCGGCCACAUUAUCGCUCUGUCCUCGAUUGCUGGUGUGGUGGGACUUUCAAAUCUGGUCCCGUACUGUGCCACCAAAUUCGCAGUGCGCGGUCUGAUGGAGGCACUCCAUGAAGAACUACGCGAAGGACCAUACAAAAAUAUGAUAAAAACCACGACCAUCUUCCCGUACAUGACCAAUACGGGCCUUUGCAAGCAUCCAAAGGUAAAGUUCCCAUCCAUUCUGGGUCUGCUGGAUCCCAAGGAGGUGGCAAUGCGCAUCGUGGAGGCGCAUCGCUCCGACACGCUAGAGGCAACUAUUCCUAGCUGUCUGCUGCACAUCAACAACUGGACGAGGCUUCUUCCCGAUCAUUGUGGUCUGAUGCUGAAGGACUACAUUGACAGUGGUGUGGAGUCGGACUUAAUUUAGAUUUAUCUUGACUAUGCAGCAGUAAAAUAAAAUAAACGGAAUAUGUAUUGAAAUAAACUACCUUAUACACAUA